AUGAACAGGUUCAGGUACUCUUCCCACAAUCUCUACUCUUUAUUAUCACAACCCAAAUCACCACUUCAUCCUCCUACUUUGCCUUCCCAAACCCUAGUCUCACUUGAUCCCUCUUCCAUUGAUUUCUCGAAUUCAAAUCAAUUUCACACAAAUUCCUCUUGUAGUUCUACAAUUCCGUCGGUUUCCUCAACUGGGUCGUGCCCAGAUUCUGCUUUAGCGUCCCCAUUUAGUAUAAAGUUUCGAUCUUUACAUUUGUAUAGGGGUGGUUAUAUUGAUAAGGGCUUGUUGGUGAAUCUUUACUUGGUUAAGCACCAUUGUUAUGGAACUUCAAGUUCCGUUAAUCAAUGUGGAUUUAGGAAUGUGGGUGUUAAUGAGCUUAGAUACUUUGCGAGUCAUAAGCAAGUUCGUGACAUUUUAGGUAUGAUUAGAAGGAAGGACAACGAUUUAGAGUCAAAGGUUCGUUCAAUGAAUGUGAGUCUAAAUCUUAAGAUGUGUAGUCGGUUUUUUGAGGAGUUGAAUAACCAGAAAAGAGAUGCUUUGGCUGUGUGUGAUUGGAUUAGGUAUGCACACCCCAGUUGUAGGAAUGAUGUUCAUUCCAUGGUUAUUGAUAACCUUGGGAGGUUGGGGAAUUAUGAUGCCAUGGCUCGCGUAUUGAGUGAGUUUGCUAAAAAAAAAGUUCGUCUUGUCCCGUUGGCAUUUGAGUUUGUAUCCCUUUCGCCCUUGAAGGAGGCUACUGUGAUGAAAGUAGUAGAUGUAUUGAAAGCAGUUGAGGAACCAACUCGAGGUUCUGGUUUGUGCUCUUUGAUCAAGAUGUUCAGUGCCGUGGGUUCAUUUGAUAUGGCGGAGCUUGUGAUGCAGCUAUCGGAGAGAAAGGCAACUUUUUACAAAAUAAUGGUAGUAGAAAAAUGUGGAAAAGGUGAUUUUGAGGGAGCCGCUGAUUUGGUUGAGGUAAUGAGGAAACAUGGUCUCAAACCAGAAGCCAAAAUUUACAAUUAUGUGUUAAGUACCUUAUGUAAGCAUGAUAAAUCUGCUGAAGCUGGUGCAUUGUUUGAGGAAAUGCUGGCAAGCGAGUGUGCUCCUGAUCCUAUUACUUAUGAAAUAUUUGUUUGUCACUCAUGUAAAGCCGGAAACUUUGAUUUGGCUAGAAAGUUACUCGAUAGAAUGAAUGCGCAAGGCAUUGAACCUCGAGUUUCAAUGCAUGGUGUCAUUCUCAAGGGUUAUUUUAAUUUGAAGAGAUUUGAAGAAGCAUAUGAAUAUGUCAUGGCAUGUGAUAGAUACAUCUGCUUUCCAGCGAUUUGCAGCACUCUAGCAAGGCUUUAUGUCAAAGCAGACAAUGUCAUCGUUGCCCAUAAUCUUCUCUUGGAAUUGAUUGAUAGGGGACUUAGACCAGAUCAGUCAGUGUAUACAAAUGUUUUCAGGCGGCUCAUCGAUACAGGAAGGACUGCUUUGGCUGAAGAUUUGAGAAGUCGGCUGUCUAGUAUUGGAUCAAAAUCAACUAUGGGAGCUGGAUAA